AUGGAUACUGUGGAAGUUCUGCACAGCUAUUUGAUGGACUAUCUCAGUCUGCUGCUGACUAAAGUCCACUCCAUGGCCAGGAUAAAAGGGAAAACCAAAACAGAAGAUCUGAUGUACUUUUUGAAGAGGGACAGGAAGAAGUAUUCGAGAAUAAAGAACCUGCUGCUUAUAAACGAAGAGGUAAAAGCGCACGAAGGAUUUUUGAGUGUAAAGAUUAUGAAAAGGAAUGAGUGA